AUGCAAGCAUUCCUGGACAAUCCGGCUCACCUCGGCCGAUACAGCGGACCAGUGAGGGGGAAGGAGUCCGGGCCCUGCCUUUUCGACGAGGAGGCAUUUCUGGCAUCAAGCACUCCAAAGCCUGCUCUUUGCAUUUCGUGCCUUACGAUGACCAUGAAGAUCGUGGCCGCAGCUGCUGGUGCCAUGGCCUUCCAGGCGAUGGGAGGACUCUUUGCUUCGCCGGCAAGGGCUGCUUGGGGCUGGUUCAUGGAGGUGCCGACCGGUCUCGGCUUCACUUGCAGCGAGGGCACCUCGCUUGGCUGUGCCUCUCCUGCAGGUUGCGAAGACUCCAACUUUACUUGCACGGUCGUGCCCGAUGCAGGCAUGAGCUGCGACGUCACUUCCACGAACGUCGUGUGCUCCAUUGCCGGCGGUGCGCAGAACUUCGUGCCGGACUCCGCCAGUCCGAUGUGCGCCCAGGUCAACACCAGCACCCAUUACAACAACGCCAGCCUGUCGUGGAGCACGGUCCCGACCUGCGGAACCACCACCACCGGUGCGACGUCUGACGCAAGCAUGGAGAUGGUCGGAUUUGCUGCGGCGGCCCUGGCAACGGCACAGCUGUUGUAA